CGAAUCGGGGUGUUACAUGAAUCUUCGCUCAAGUACCUUGUAAGGUUGAGCUUGAUGAGCCAAAACAACAUCUUAUGAUGCCGCAUCUUAAAGCUGAUGUCUGUGAACUUUACCACUUCUUUGAUAGAGUUCGCAGACAUUGUGACAGUGGGAUACCCGAUCGGUGAGGAUGCGAAGGCACCUGCGUUCGGUCCAAAAGAGGGAAAGACUGGUGCAAAAAAAGUUGUGUACGGUCUAAAGGAGUUGACUAGGAUGGCCGAAGCCAUAUUCGGUCUAAGUGGGGUGACCGUUGCAGCUGUUGCCCUGGUCGGUCUAACAAAAGAGGUGACUGGAGCACACUCCAUAGUCGCGCUUAGUCCAUCAAAGGCAACUAACGACCCUCCAUUUUGCAAUCCCUAUGCCUUCAAAGUAGAUUCAUUAGCAAUGACCAUCAUUAGAGGCGUGUUGAUGAUAGUCAUUAACACAUUUACCCUUUUCUCCUCCCCAUCUCUUGACCUAUUUUGCUCUGUCUGUGCUUGUUCUUGGUGUUUCCACAGGCUGAAAAGGUGGGAGGAAAGAAGAGGAGGAGACAUUUAUGAGAUGAACGGUGAGCAACAUAUGGCGAUGCAUUACAUAAAUACAGGUUAUCCUUAUUGCGUUGCAGAGAACUCUGCGUACUUCUUUGAUGGUUCCCAGCCCCAUUUGCAAUAUCCAAAUCCUCACCAAAUUCCUAAUGAGGAAGCUACUUACUGGACCAUGAAUAUGAACUGGUACAAAUUUGGAUUUUCUGGGAUGGAAAGUUCCUAUUACAAUCCUUACGUGAGUGGUAACCAUUUGUCAACCAUGGAUUUCUCUGGGCAACAACAUUUGAAUUACCAUGUCAUGACGAACGCACAAGAACCUCCUGCAUCAGUAGACAUAGUGGAGUCUACUUCCGAGGAGAAUGCAGUUCCAAGUGCAGAUGCUAACCCUGAAGACAGAACUUCAUCACAGCAAGAUGUCACCAGUGAUCAGAUUGUGUUCGAAGACGAUAUUGAUCCAGACAACAUGACAUAUGAGGAACUGCUGGAUUUGGGGGAGGCAGUUGGAACACAAAGUCGAGGUCUUCCAAAAGAGCUAAUCGAUCUCCUUCCAACCUCUAAAUACAAGGCCAGCUGGAUUUUCUCGAAAAAAAGAUGUGGAGAGAGAUGUGUCAUCUGUCAAAUGAAGUACAAACGAGGAGACCGCCAAAUGAACUUGCCAUGCAAACACGUGUACCACUCUGAUUGCGUCUCCAAGUGGCUGGGCAUUAACAAGACAUGCCCGGUUUGCAAUGCCGAAGUUUCACUUGAUGACCAAGCCAACCCUUGAACCAGAGAAAGACCCAAAGUUAGUCUUAGGAAUUUGGAGUGACCGUGUGCGUCAUAGUGAAAGACAUGCCAAAUGGAGGUAAUCUUUCGACGAAAUCUAACGGGGCAGACAGCCAAAUUAGAGCAUAAAAACAAGUGAUUUUUGCUGCAAAAGUUUCUUUUAGGGCUUAAUGCAAUAGUUUUUCUCUUUUAUUGAAGUUUGAAUUUAAAUCUUGUCUUUCUGCUCACUUGUUUCUAGAAGUAGUGAUCUCUCCAUGAAAAAAAACACAUACAUUUGUUUAGGAGUAUUAUAUGUAGGAGUGUUUAUUAAGAGCUCUUUCUUUUUUCCUUAAAGAUUCAAAUGACAUCACUGCUCACCUAUAUAGGCUGUGUUUGG